UCGCAGUGUGCGCCCUUUUUUCCACGCGUACUUUUCGCACACCCCCAGAUAACACGCGAUCUCGGUAAACACGGACGGGACGAAAGCCAAGGGUAUGCCGGGAAAUUCGAUUUAAAACAAUCAUUAACGGUUAAAAGUACACGGGAGUAGGUAGACGGAAGGAUGCGUGAAGGACUCCGCCCCGUCCCUCCUCCUCCCUCGAUGAGUCGAUGGUCUCGCGCUCUUUUAAAUUACGCGCCGCAACGCGGUGCGCUAAUUACGCAUUUCUCCCCGCGGACGGGCGAUUCUUCCUCCCGUAAUCCGGCGGAAAUUGGGCUGCCCGUCACCCGCUCCGCCCCUCUUCCUUCUUCUCCGCCGGCGUGGAAUCGGCGCCGCGCCGAAGAGCGCGAUCGGCGGGGCGGCGCCGGAAUCGGAGGAGGCGCACGCGGGUGUAGCGCCGUCCUCACUCGUCGUCUCCGCAUCCGGUGGUGUCACGUCUCUUCGCCGUCGGGACCCAUGCUGACCCCGCGCGAUCCCUCCGCCUUCUCUCCCUUCGCUUACCCGACCGUCGACUCGGCCUUCGCCCACUCCUGUGUCUUGGAAAUGAGAAAGGAGAAGUCUCGCGACGCGGCCCGAUCUCGGAGGGGGAAGGAGAACUACGAAUUCUACGAACUGGCCAAGCUGCUGCCACUUCCGGCCGCCAUCACCAGUCAGCUGGACAAGGCCUCCAUCAUCAGGCUGUCCAUCAGCUACCUCAAGCUCCGGGACUUUUCCGGUCGCGGCGACCCACCCUGGAGCAGAGAGGGACCGCUCCACACCUCCAAAGGUGGACAUCCGGGAUCCAGGUCGGUGGGAGUGACGGUGGGCGCCGAACUGUUCGAGAGGCAUCAGGGCACUCACAUAUUACAGUCACUGGACGGCUUUGCCUUCGUGUUAGCAUCGGAUGCACGAUUUUUGUACGUGUCCGAGACGGUGUCUAUUUAUCUAGGACUGUCACAGGUCGAGAUGACCGGAAGUAACGUCUUCGACUACGUCCAUCACCAAGAUCACGCGGAAAUGGCGGAACAAAUGGGCAUCAGCCUAUCGCAGGCUUCCACUUCUCCCUCUUCUACCACAUCCGACGAUGGAUCUUCCGUUACGGGAGGGCCUUCGACGCCCACCGGUCCCGACAGACCAGCUCCCAUAAUGACGUUGAAUUCGAAUAGCAUGUACAAGGGUUUAGAAAGGGUAUUUUGUAUUCGAAUGAAGUCGACUCUUACGAAAAGAGGUUGUCACUUCAAGUCGUCGGGAUAUAGAGUUGUUCUCCUCCUUACUCAUCUUCGGCCGCAGUAUUCGUUUUCUCACAAUAGAAAAAAUCCACCGGUGAUAAUAGGAAUGGUGGCUUUGGCGAUCGCUCUUCCGCCACCUUCCAUGAAUGAAGUUCGCCUAGAAAGCGACAUGUUUGUCACGAGAUUAACUUUCGACUUCAGGAUAGUGCACUGCGAACCCAGAGUGUCAGAAUUAUUAGACUAUACGGCCGAAGAAAUGACUGGGAAAAAUAUGUAUUUACUCUGUCAUGGCCAAGAUGUCCAGAAAUUAAGGCAGUGCCAUAUUGACUUAAUACAUAAAGGUCAAGUGAUGAGUGAAUAUUAUCGUGUGAUGAAUAAAACUGGAGGUUAUACGUGGAUACAGACUUGUGCUACGAUUAUAUGUAACAACAAAAGUUCUGAAGAACAGAGUAUCAUAUGUGUAAAUUAUGUUUUAAGUGGCACCGAAUAUCAGAAUUACGUAAUGGAUUGCAGUCAGAUGAGGCAUACGAACAACUUGAAAUCAGACGAAACAAGCAAUUCAGAAAAAGACAAUUCUUUGGACAAGGAGGGCAGAGGUAACAAUCCUGCUGUGGAGAAUAUAAAACCCAUUGCGUCAUCUCCUAAGAUUACUCGAGGGGAUGGUUCUACCGAAAGUGAGAACUUAAAUGGAGAUGCCCUAAUCCAGCUGAGAUCGAGCAACGAAUGUACGCAAAUGGGAUCCCUAAAUAAGACGACGUCGUCAGAGAAUUCGGCGCUGUCCUUCCUGGAGGAGGGACGAUCGAAAGCCAACGAAGAGGACGAAGGAAACGGCAAUGAAACCCGCUCCGAAGACGACUUCGUCGACGAACGGAGAAGGAAGAGGAGGCUCGAACCUCCCUCCGUUUCCGCCGAGGCUGAGGCCGACGGUCCCGAGGGCAAACACUCUAGUCUGGAAGGCACUUCGGGGCGGAACGGCGUUUUUCUAGUCGACGCCCCGUCCGACGACUCCGACGGAACCGCCAAAGAGGGGGGCAAACGGGUGGCCCGACCGUGGAGGAGGUCCCCGGACGGCGCCUACUCUCGGGCCGCCGACGAUCCCGACGCCGCCUUCGCUCCGCCUCCGCCCGAGGCCCCGGGAGACUUCGGGCCCGAGACCGGAUGCCGCGCGGCCCAGCGCUCCGCCAUCCAGUGGAUCGGCGCGCCCGGCGCCGCGCUGCCCGCCUCCGCCUUCCUCCGACAGUUGUACGCUAAUCGCGAAUCGGUCAUCCGCUCGGGGGCCCGGCCCGGUCGCCCCUCCUACUACGGCCGGGCCCCACCCGCCGCCGAUUGCUACGCGGCUCAGACUGCGGCCGAAGCCUAUGGCCCGCCGGCGGGCUACGCGCCGGCCCCCGACUGCUUCGCCGAGGCCCGCGGCGCCGCUCCAUCGCCCGGCGACGAGUUUCGGCCUUCGCCGGUCGACGUCUCGGCCUUCUCGGAGGCGGGCCUGUCGCAUCCGCGGCACUACGCGGCAGCCGAAGCGCCGCCCUCCCACCUGCCACUCAAACCGCGGGUCUUCGUUCGUCCGGGCUCCGUCGACCCCUCGGUCUACGAUCGGCAACAGUCCUACGCUCCCCAUGGCUUCGGCCCCUACCACCCCCCGACCAAAUCGUCGCACCCGGCCAACGGAGUGGCCUGGUAUCCCCGGCCCCACUCCUAACGUCGCUGCGCGGCCCGACUGCCCACGACCGCGGACUUUCGCUUCCGUUUGGGCGGAGCUCUUCUUCUCCCACCCUCCCGGAAGCGAUCGGUUUCGGGGCGCCACCCGGAGGCUGUGAUAGAGCGCGAAGCCGAAUUUAACUAACGUGUUUGCGCGCGGGGCGAACUUCCGGGCCCUUGAAGGGGCCGGAAGACGCCACCCCGCGGGUUUUUUUUUCGUUUUUCGUAGGCCCGCGGACAGAGUGGAAAAGAGAGGCGCCGGUGAGUAAAUGGGAACCCGAGUGACCGCUGAUCGUUGGCAGUCGCCAUUUUUAUUAGAAGCUUGUGAAAACAUUCCUAACGAGAAAAAAAAAAAAACGGAACCCGACGACUCGGAAUGGGGCGGGGUGGCUCUUUCCCAUUUCCGAAGCGGAAGCGACGGAUUCCUCCUCCCCCUCCGGUGCCGCAUCCGCUCCGGAGGAAGGGGUCGGCUUGGGAUUCUCCGGACGAACUAUGCAACUUUCCUACGGUUUUAAGGCCGGGUUUUGGGGGGACCCGAAGAGGGGUUGCGGGUGACGCGGGAGUUUUUAGAUGCGCGAGAAUCGGCGGUGGCCCGCCGCGUUCCUAAGUGAAGUGGUGCUCCGUUUUUCGGUCGUUUGCUCAAUCUGUGAUGUCCUUCCCGUAGUACAACUACGUCCGUCGCGGCUGCGCGGAGUCGUGCUUUAUCGUUCGUGUACAUAAACAGAUGGAUUAUAAAGAGAAAAAAAAAAGAAUUGUAAUCGCCGUCUCGUUCGUUUGUCCGUUUGUCUAUUUAUAUUUUGGUUUCUCCUUUUGAAUAAAAACCGUUUGUUUUCCUUGAUAGA